AUGCAGAUGGGAGACCCACACCGGCACCCGGAACCCGCACCCCGAGCCCUGACCCGCGCCCGCACCCACACCCGCACCCGGAACCCGUACCCGCACCCGCACCGGGAAGCCGGACCCGCACCCGCACCCCGAACCCGAACCCGCACGCCGCACCCCGCACCCGAACAAGGGGGGGGGCGGGCGGCCACACGGGAACCGGAACCCGGCCCGCACCCGACACCCGAGCCACAGCCGAACCCGAACCCACGGCAGAGGCACGCCCGCAACCCGAGACGGACCCGGGAAGGACGGACCGGCAGCAGCGGCGGGGGACACGGCCCAGGCAGAACAAAAGACAAGGGGGGAAGGGGCAAACAGCGAGCCAAGACCCAGGAGCCACAGAAAAGGGAGAGAAAGACGCGGAGCACAGCAGGGAAAGCGCGGCAGCACCAAAAGACCGCUGCCACCACGGAGCCAAGCGCCAGGAGGGAGCACAGCGAGCGCAGACAGGGGAGAACGGAGCAAGCAGAGACGCACCCGGAAGCGGGGAAGGAGAGACACAGGAGAGAGGAGACCAGAAAGAGGCAACAAAGGCCACGGGCGACGAGGAGGCAAGCGGCACAAAAGGAGGAGGAACGGCACCGGGGCCACGAGGAGCCAGAGCAGGGCACAAAGGGACAGGGAGCGGGAAAAGCGGAAGGAGGACCACCGGAAAGAAGGGCAGCACGGCGGAGAGCACAGAGGGGCAGGGGGCCAAGACGACGGGACCCAAAGCCAGAAAGAAAGACAGAGGCAGAGGAAACGACAAAGGGAAAGCAAGGCGAGGGAGAGAAAGAGGGGACAGCAAGGGAGAAGCGGGAAGGCAGCACGGCAGACAGGCGGCAGACAGGCGGCAAAGGCAGAGAAGGACAACAAAGGAGGGCGACGGACAAGCCAGGCGGGGAGAAACCACGCAGGAAGAACCGCACAAGCCAGGGAAAACCAGAGGACACGGUCAAAGAGCGGGAGCGACAAACAAGGCGGGAAGACAGAAAGGGAAAAGCGAAAGACAUGGAACGAAAGCCUGCAAGAGAGAGGAAAACAGCCCGGGGAGGGAAGGCGAGGCACAGGAGUGAGGAGGGCGGGCAUGGCACAGAGCCACGGGGGCAGAGACAGAACCAGGCCGCCAACAAAACGGAAGAAGGACGGGAAAAGCGCAAACAAAACAGGAGGAGAGGGGGCACACACGGCAGGGAGCAAGGGGGCGGCGAGCGGAAAACGGGCGGCGAGGAAGGACGGGGGGAAGAAGACGGCAAAGGCGAGGGGGCAAACACAGCCGACGGGGGCGAGAGGGAGGCACACGGGCAGGAGCAGGGGGGCAAAAACGAGACACGGCGCAGGGGAAGCGGCGACAGGGACGCGGGGGAGCAGAGCGCGAACGCAGACACACAGACGGGCCGGGAAAAGGAGCCGGCAGGAGAAGCAAACAAAACACGGGAGGAACACCGAGACGGGGAGCGCGGGACGAAAGGAGGGGAAAGCCAGGAGAGGGAAGGAGCGGAGGAGGAAGACGACAAACGAGGCAGCGGCGGCAACGGGGGCAAACGGCGCAGAGGCAGACAAGGGAAGGAAAAGGGGAGCCGGGGGCAGGCAAGCGGGGAAAAGAAAGAGAAGAAGACAACAAAGGAGCAAAGCGGAGGGGCGGCAGAAACAGGAGAGGAGGGCGGCACAGCGGGCGGACGGGCAGGAAGAGAAGAGCGGCAAGAAGCACGGGGCACAGGGAAAGGGAGGCACAGGCGAGAGCGAGGCACAGCGAGAAGGGAGGCCAGAGCGGGGGAGACGAGGGCGGGAGGGAAGGCAACGGAGGGGACGGCACAAACGACAAACACGACGAACAGAAGAGGGAGGAAAAAACCGGGAGGGACAGGAGCGGGAAGACGGAGGAGAGGGGCGCGCAAGAAGCAGGAGACGAGGCGGCACGCCAGCCAGAGGACGGGAAGCGGGACAGGAACACCCCGGCAAAAGAAACGGGAAGGAGAGAAGAAGAAGAAAGGAACGGCAGAACGAGAGGCCGACGGGCAACAGGCAACACGAGGGGGCGGGGCAACGGACGGGCAGAGGGGGGCGACGGGAACCGCGGCGGGGGGCAGGGAGGCGAAACGGAGGGCCAACAGGAAAAGGACCAGAGGAGCGCGAAGGAAGGGGGGACGGGCAAAGCGAGGGAGAGAACCAAAGGCCAAGAGCGACAGCAAACAGGAGGAAGGGAAGGGAAACGGGAAACAAGGGAGGGAAGAGCAGGGCCGGGCGCCGAGGCAGGCAAACGGACAGGCCAAAGGAGGGGAGGGGCGGAAAGGGGAGGGCGGAAACGGGGAAGGGGAGGACGGCAAACAAGAAAACGAAGAAGAGAGGGAGACAGAAGACGAAGAAGAGACAGGGGGGCAGGCGGGGGCGAGGCGGCCACAGCGAACGGACGGGAAGGCAGGGGGCGGAACGACGACGAACAGAAGACCCGCACCGAGGAGGGAAGAGAGAGAGGAAAAGCCAGAAGAGAGCGAAAAACCGGCGAGGCGGGGCGGCGAGCGCCAGGGCAGGCGGCGCCGAGACGGCAAACAAAGGGCAGAAGACAGGGGGCCCGGCGCCGCCGAGGCCGAGGGCCCGGACCGGGGGGCCACAGCCCGGCGCGCGGCGCGCGGGAGGCCAAGCGACGGGGACCCAGGAGCCCACGAAACGAGCAGGCCCAGCGGCAAGGGCGAGCCCGGAGAGCACAACGGGGGACCCCGGGCCCCGAGGCGCCGCCAGGGGCACCCCGCCCCAGACCCGCGCCCGGGAGCCGCGCCCCGGACCAGCCGCCCAG